AUGUCGACUUGUACGACUUCCAGACGUAGCGACGAUGACUUCGCAUCCAGAGCAAAAAUAAUCAACGAAGUGUGUCGCAAGUACAAAGUGACCUUGGUGGAUCGCAACUUCGGCUACGAACGGCCCGACCUGUGCCACAUCACAAGAUGUCCGAUCAUCAUCGACCCCGCACGGAAAGUCGGCUACUGCUUCAUCAGCAAGGUUCCAUCCACCACUGUGAAGACCAUCUUCGGGCUCCUGCUCAACAUCAUCUCACCCAUGACGUUCCUACAAAAGAGCAACGAGGAGCACUACACAACCGCCAUGUUCGUGAGGCAUCCCUUCGAGAGGCUUGUAUCCGCUUACGUGGACAAGGCACUAGCCCCACGUGCUGUCAAUGACUAUUUUUACGAGCGGUACUGGAACGACGUGCCUGGUGUCAGGGCAACGGGUCGAAACUUGACCUUCCCGGAGUUCAUUGAUUACAUACUGAAUCAGAGAAAGAACGAGAUGGAUUCUCAUUGGGCUCCGUACCACGUGACGUGUCAGCCUUGUACCGUCAAGUACGAGGUCGUCGGAAAGCUGGAGACAGCAAGCAGGGACUUUGCGCUGUUCUUUGAAGCGCUAGGUGUUCAGCCAAAGGACAUUCCGCACGAAAACAAGAGUGGCGACCACGCGUACCGCAAGUCUGCCCGAGAGUUUUUUAAAGAGCUCACCUUCGAUCAGGUGAUGCGCUUAUAUGAGCGGUUCUUCUUCGACUUCGAGAUGUUCGGGUACGACUUCAGGGACUAUCUGCACUGA